AUGGAAAACUCAGGAUGCGCCGCUUUCUCACCAUCUCCCGUUGCUCACACAUGUAACCAGUCAGGAGAGAGAGCUGCAUCUGAGGUGGAAGACGUGGUUCAAGAGGAUGGUCUUAACUGUCUCAUUAACAAUGCUGGAAUUAAUGUUGUGGCCAAUCUUGAUGCAGUCACUGCAGACAAAAUGUUGGAAAACUUUCAUACCAACUCUGUGGCCCCACUGAUGCUCACCAAGGCCAUGCUCCCGCUGCUGAAUCGAGCAGCUGCAAAGGGAACCAGUACGGGCAUCCACAGAGCAGCAGUCAUUAAUAUGUCCUCUCUGCUGGGUUCAGAAGAGCUUAACUGGGGUGAACAAUCCAACAGUUUUAAAUGGUACCCCUACAGAGCAUCAAAGAGUGCUCUUAACAUAAUCACCAGAUGUUUGGCAGUCGACUUGGAGGAACAUGGAAUCUUGUGUAUGGCUCUGCAUCCAGGCUGGGCACCACUGAUCACAGAGGAGAGCAUUGCCUCUGUGUUGAAUGUAAUUGGCGGCUUGAGUGAAAGGGAUCACGGUUCAUUUCUUCACUAUAAUGGCGAAGAACUGCCCUGGUGA